AUGGAAUAUCCAAAUACCCCUGACUAUCAGAAAACAGGAAAUCCUGAAAGCCUCCAGGGACUACGGGACUCGGUUGUUGAGGUUGUGCGAAGUCCUGAGGCGGUUGUUGUGGGACCGAAAAUUGGUGGGACUGAAACUCGGAGGGUGGGAGUUGUAGUUGUCGCUGAAAAGGCUGGGGUUGGGGUGAACGCUGGAGUUGGGGUGAACGUUGAGGUUGGGGCUGCCGUUGGGAUUGUCGUGGUUGGACUUGCAAUUGUUGCUGUAGACGCUGUGGCUGGGAACUUUGGGGUUGGGGGUGUUGUGGAAAGUGCUGUGGUUGAGCUUGCAAUUGUUGCUGAACAUGCUGGGUCUGGGAGGAACGUUGGGAUUGCGGCUGUUGUUGAGAUUGUGGUGGCUGGAAUUGCUGCGAAUGCAUGUACUGUGGCGACAAGUUUUGCGAUCGUUGUGGUUGAACUUGCUGAUGCACAUUCUGAGGAUACAAGUAUUGCAACUGUUGUGAUGGGACUUGUUGCUGUUGAACUUGCUGCGGAUGUAUGUGCUGUGGAUACAAGUGUUGCGACUGCUGUUGCUGAACUUGUUGUGAUUGGACUUGUUGAGGUUGAAAUUGCAAUUGUUGAGCUUGCAGUUGUUGAACUCGCAGUUGUUGCUGAAGACGCUGGGACUGGGUACUUCGUGAUUGGUACUGUUGUUGAAAAGGUUGUGUGUGCAAGUAUUGCGAUUGUUGUGGAUACAUGUUCUGUGGUUGCAAAUGUUGCGGUGGCGAAUGCUGAGGUGGUGUAA